UACUGCGGCUGUCAGCUUCAAACAUGGCUUCUAGACUGGAGAUCAAUUUUAUCAGAUUGUUGUCCCGCUGUGAGUCUAUAGCGUCGGAGAAACGAGGAGAAGCAGAAUGGAGGUUAGAAAAGUAUGUCGGUGCUCUGGAGGAGAUGAUGGUGGCUCUGAGGAAAAGCGUGAGCAAACCCACUGCAGAAUUACUGACUGAAUACAUGAGAAAAGUAGACUUCCUGAAAGGACUUCUUGAGGCAGACAAACUGUCUUCAACGACAGAGAAGGCUUUAGCCAAUCAGUUCCUCGCCCCCGGACGAACCCCAACGAUAGCCAAUGAGAGGAUGCCGGUCUCUAAAACGGUCCACAUGCAGACGAAGGCACGAUGCACCGGAGAGAUGAGGGACGAGCUGCUCGGCACGGGGUUGUCAGGCAAAGGUAAGACAUGUUUUUCUAAGCGCCAAAAAAAUGGUUAACCGAAAUGUACAUAUCCUAUAGCAACAACAACAA